AUGGAAGCUCAACAUGGUCACAGUGUAGCUUGUUGCAAUAUCCCACCCAUCGUAUCCAAGGGAUAUGAACACAAAGGAAAGUAUGAGACCAUCGGUGGUCUGAAAACCUAUGUCACCGGCCCCGCAGACGCAACAAAGGCCAUCUUUCUUAUCUAUGACAUAUUUGGAUACUAUCCUCAAACUCUCCAAGGCGCCGAUAUCCUCGCCAAUUCCGACGAACAUAACAAGUACCUUGUCUUUAUACCCGACUUUUUCGAGGGAAAGCCGGCUGAUAUUAGCUGGUAUCCUCCUGACAAUGAGGAGAAACAAAAGCAAUUGGGUAAUUUCUUUCAGACGACGGGAUUGCCGUCGAAGGCUGCGGAUAGAGUCCCGGAUUUGGUGAAGGCGAUUGGGGAUAAGUAUACGGCGACUGAGAAGUGGGGUGUACUUGGGUUCUGCUGGGGCGGUAAAAUCGUCUCCCUCACGUCCAGUGCUUCCUCAAACCCUUUCGUCGUAGCUGCUGAAUGUCACCCCGCAAUGGUUGAUCCAAAAGAUGCGGCGAAGAUCAAGAUUCCACUUAUUAUGCUAGCAUCGAAAGAUGAGGAUGCUGAGGGAGUGAAGAAGUUCGAGGCGAAUCUUACGGGGGAGAAGUACGUUGAGACUUUCAAGGAUCAAAUUCAUGGGUUUAUGGCUGCACGAUCAGACCUAGAGAAUGAGAGGGUCAAGAGCGAGUAUGAGAGGGGUUAUAAGACAGUCAUUGAGUUUUUCGGGAAGCAUUUGAAGGUCAGCAAUAGUGGCGGAGCAAGACUUUGA